AUUAUUGCAUCCAAAUGUCGUGUGCCCCACCAGAACCAUGUCGCGCCUCCUAAAAUGGACACAAAUUUCCAGCUACUAUAAAUAAGGCACUACUAAUCAGUAAAGCUGUCAAUUAUCCAACUUUAACAAUGGCUGAUAAAUUCCCAGCUAUAGAGACCAUCGGAAACGAUCUUCCUGAUAGUGCAGAUGAAACUUCUGCUACUGAUUUCUUAUCUCGUGAGAAGGAAUUGGUGGGUGACGAGUUUCAAACUGAACAAGACCACGAACUCUUAAAGGAUGACGAUAAUGAUAUAAACGAUUUCAAAGAACAAUUUCCUGAAGUGGAUGACAGUGUAAGUGCACCAGUAGUUCAAGAAGAAGCCGAUGAUGAUGAAUUCGAAGGGUUUGGAUCAUCAGCUCCUCAAACUAACAAAUACGAAGGAGAGUCUGUACAUUUGAAGGAAUGGAAGGAACGUCGUGAUUUAGAAAUUAAGGAAAGAGAAACUGCCAAUUCUAAAAAGAAAGACGAUAUCGUGACUACUGCCAGACAGACUGUAGAUGACUUUUAUGAUAAUUACAAUAAUAAGAAGGAACAACAUUCUAAGGAAAUCUUAAAAGAACAAGAAGAAUUCUUAGAAAAGAGAGAUAAAUUCUUACAAAGAGGUACAUUAUGGGAUAGAGUCAAUGAGUUGGUAACUGAAGUUGGUGAACUUCCUGACUCUGAAUCCAGAGAUAAGUCCAAGUUUAAAGAAUUGUUAACCAAAUUAAAGGGUAAGGACAAUGUUCCAGGAGCUGCUGGUUAUUGACCAGAUGUAUUUGUUUAGUUGUUUGUUAGUUUGUAUUCUUAAAUAAAAGCUCUUUAUUAUUCAACUACUGUACACAAUAAAUAGUUACUUAAUGGAAGUAUU